CUUGUAACAAAAGGAAAGAGAGUCGGGCUCGGUUUGCUUUUCCACAGUUUAAGCAGCGGCAAAUAUCGCAGCUCCUUGGCCGGCGACAGCGCGGUAUUUACUGGGAUUGGGUCUGGAAACGUCUCGGUUCGUCUGCGGUUCCUUCCACGCACUGGCUGAUCAAGAGGGUCUGAGCCCCUCGGUUUUUCCGGUUCGGAGCCGUGAUCUGCGAUGUGAAAAGUGCUAGGGUGAAGUCCAGCUGAAUUUGUUUAACUGCCUUUUCUGCUUCGUGCAGGAGGUGGGGCUUUUUGGCUGCAAGUUCUGUUCUCUUGCAGGACUUUUUCCCCUGCAGUUUGCAACAGACUUCUCUCUCCUGAUCGCCUGCCGCUCGCUCGCAGUGCGGAUCCGCACAGUCCUGACUGCCAGCGGAUACUACAGGACGGCAACAGGGGUGGAAUAAGACUGGAAUUCGUGAAAACGAUCAGCCGUCAGCCAUGAAGUCGAUUAACCUCGACACCUACAGCCUGUCACUGCUCACGGCUAAAGAAGACAUCUUGAACCCCCGGUCGUCAACCAACUGGGCUCUGUUCACGUAUGAUGGGGCAACGAACAACUUGAAGCUGUCUGACUCUGGAGCUGGUGGGGUGGCUGAGCUGGCAAAGAAGUUCCAGAGCAGCCACCCUCUCUACGGCCUGUGCAAGAUAGCGGCCCCCGGCGGGGGUCUGCCCCGGAUCGUCAUGGUCAUCUGGGUCGGGCAGGAUGUGCCGGAGCCCCGCAGGUCCGAGUGUGCCAGUCACGUGCCUGCUGUCAAGGCCUUCUUCAAGGAAGCUCACGUCUUCAUCAGCGCCACUGGCCCGGAGGAGGUGACAGAGGAGUCCAUCGAUGCCGUCAUCGGUAAAAUAGCGCCCCCGGUGGACCGGGUGAGGAGAGUGCCACGCCCUGCAGGCUCCGAGGAGACAGUGGGCACAAACUACAGGAAGACGAACGCGGCCAUGGAGAUGAGACGGAUCAACAGGGAUUCGUUCUGGGCACGUGCAGAGCGGGAGGAGGAGCAACGCAAGGAGGAGGAGCGCCGGCGGGUCGCGGAGGAGCGCCGGCGCUGGGAGAGGGAGAGGGUGCUGCAGGAGAGGCGCGAGGCCGAGGAGAGGGAGAGGAAGCUGAGCGAGAAGGAGCAGCUCAUCCUGGAGCAGAGGAGAAUGCAGGCUCUCCAGGAGGCGGAGGCUCGCAAGCUGGAGAAGGCCAAGUGGGAGGCGCAGCAGAGGGAGCACGAGGAGGAGAUGAGGGUCCGUUUUCGCCGCAGUGAGUCCAUAGAGAAGGCAGCGGAGGCAGCGGUGUUGGUGUCUCAGCGCUCCAUGAACCCAAGGGAGUUCUUCCGACAGCUGUCCUCCUCCUCCUCUUCCCACAAUUCCAGCAGUCCGGUCUCCCCCCGCUCAGGCAAACCUACCUUCCGCCGGUACCAGCGCAGCCUGACGGACACCGCCUUCAUCUUCGGGAGGUGUGACUCCUCCACGCCCACCUCCCCGCGCAGCCCCACUGUGGUGUCUCCCUUCUCCCCCUCCCCGUUCCCCGCCACCGCGGUGGGCCCCUUGUCGCCCUCCAGCCCUGAGCCCGCCUUCCAGCCCGGCGCCCGAGAUGGGCCUGGGGCCCUUGGGGCCCCUGUGGCCUCCCCUCCCACCUCUCCCCCGCGCCCAGCCCUCCGCAGGCAGCGCCCUGCCUCUGCGGCCCCCCAGAGCUCGCCCGCCCCGGCCGCCGCGCCAGACGGCCAGCCCCCCGGCCCAGCCCUCCCCGCCUCGCCCCAGCCUGACCCCCCGGUCUCCCCUGCAGGCCCAGGCAGCCUGUCAGAGGCCCAGCCUGCCCCCUGUAUCCCUGCUGCCCCCACCUCUGCCCUGCCCCCUGACCCCCCGGCUGCCCCCAGUCCUCCCCGCACACAGGAAGACCGUCCCCCGGCUGCAGAGCUGCACAUGGUUAACAGCACGGUGAGUGAACUGAAAGCAGACCUGGGCACGAGAGCUGAGGCCGUCUAUAAGGCAGAACUGGACUCCAGCAUUCCACCGGUGGCUGAGGAAGAGGAGGAGGAGGACGCGGAGGAGGAGAAGAAAGAGGAGGAGGAGAAAGAGGAGGAGGAGGAGGAAGAGGAGAAGGAGGAGGAGGAGAGAUCUGGGCUUGCGGAGAUUGAAGCAGCUUCUAAGUUGGAGCCGCGAGCAGCCACAGAGCCCUACCUGGCAGGACAGGCUGAACCGAGUACAGAGGUCCUCCAAACGUCCGGGCAGGAAGAUCCGACAGCCGAGCUCUGCCUGGAGCCGGAGCUGGUGCCCCUGGGAGAGAGGAUGGCAGGGGCCGGGAGCGCUGUUCUCGGGGCUGCCAGGGCCACGGAGGAAGACGGAGCCGAGGUUGUCUUCACAGAGCCGGAGAGCGAAGCACCACGGCCCUCGGCCCCACCCCUAGAGCCAGACCUGAUCGGAGGAACGGCUGAAGAAGACAGGGAGGCUGACAGGGUCCACCACGCCGGCCAGGAGCCGAUCACAGCAGACACAGAACAGUCGGGACUGGAGAGGGAGGAGCCAGCGGUGCAGCCGGCCAAUGAGGGGACGCCUGAAGAUGAGAGGCAGCAAGAGAAUGGAGAGCAGGUUUCGGAGCAGAAUGGCACAGCAGAUCAUUUUGACUCCCCUGACACUGACCUGAGCGCACCUGUGGUGUCCGAGUCCAGUCUCUGUGCAGUGAGGCAUGAUGGGAUGGAGGAGGACUCCAUGGUGCAGGAGCAGGAGCAGGAAGUGCAGAAGGAGGAGGAGAAUGGAGAGGAGUCCCCAGAGCCAGAGAGGAAGCUAUGUGUACGAGCACUGUGUGACUACCAGGCAGAAGACGACUCCGAGCUGUCCCUGGAGCCCGGCGACAUCAUCAGCGUCGUGGAGGCGGUGGACCAGGCCUGGUGGAGAGGCUGCAGCAAAGAUGGCCGCCAGGGCCUCUUCCCCGCUAAAUACGUGGAGCCUCUCUAGGGUGGACGCGCUCAAAGACUCCCUUAGGGACCGGAAGUGCGCCCCACAGCCUCGCAAUCCGGGAGUACUGAGGGCUGCAGAUACGCCGCAGUGCUGCCACCACAGCAACGAACAGGACAGCACAGAACGCCUUUAGAAAAACGUGCCUCAGAUCGCUGGAGUCAACUUCAGGGCGGCUGUCUCAAGACAGCAAGUACACAGAUACAGGACACUUCAGCAUCAGGACCCGUGUAAAAUGGUGCCUUACAGUGCAGGAUUAUACCAGUUCUUCAGGCAGACAGGUGAUUCUCAUUCACUUUACUGUGGUGAAGAUCCAGAUUGUGGCGGGAGGCUGCAGGUCUCCCAUACUCCUGUGAGGGGGCUGCACCAGGGCCGUCUUCCCUCCCGGUACCACCAUAAUCCCCCCCACCACCAUCAGCAGCAAUAAAAGCUCCUAGUCUACAGGCCAUCUUUGACUUACAGUUUCGCCAGCUGACAGCCCUUUCUUCGCUUGAUUUUUGGGGUGCAUUCUUGGUGCUAGGAGAUGUAUUACCUUGCAUUGCAUGCAGCUAUAGCUGUGAUGUACAAGUCAGGCAAAGUUAAGUUAUAGUCACCUUGGCAUAAAGGUGAUUAUCACAACAGCACUAUGCAAUAUUAUAACUGUAGUGCCUAAAAGAGAAGCACGUGUGUUGGAACCUAUUGGGCAGAUAUUUUCUCCCUGUCUAGGCCAAUGCUGGGUUCAUGUUUUGAACGAGAGGGCUGAAAAUCUGAACCGGUGAAGUGCAUUAACUUGAUUUCUAUCACUGGAUGCAACAAAUCUGCAUUACCAGGUCAGUCUUUUUAGAGCUGUGCUUUGGAACCUCUGUAAGUGCAAAGCCUUGGUGUCAUCGAAGACAUUAAGCUGGUUUGCAUGCAGGUAUUAACCAUAUCCUCAAUAUUGCCCCAACACUCAAUGGCUAUUUGGUAAAUCAGAGACACUGUAAAUAAUCUAGAACUAGAAUGUGUGCCUUACAGUAUUGAAGCUGCAGCAUUAAUACUUGGACAGUAGUGACAUUAUCUCCAAUCCGGCAUCCCCGCUGAUUUGACAGGACAACCGACAGGUAUUGUGCGGUACAGUCUAGUAAUCUUCGUGCGCUGAUGUGGUGAAGAUGUCUGUGAAUACACAGACUGUAAAUGUUGCUUUUUUGCAUCUUAUUUAUAGACAAAACCCUAGGUCUCUCCCCCAGGAUGCCGAAAGGCCAAACACUCUGAGUUGAUCCCGAAUCAGGUCAUCAUCAGCUGAUUGAGGCUAAAACACAACAGCAACAAAACCCUGUCUCUGAAUACUCCUUGCACUUUGGGUGACAGAAUUCACAGUUUGCACUCUAUUAAGCUAUGCUCUGAAAUAGCUGCCCUGGAGGGUGUGUUGAAAGUUGUAUACCAAAUUAUCGAUCUUAAAACUGAAAACAGCAGGACUGCAAACUGUCUGGUAGCUUCCCGGUACAGAUCUGUAUAUUUCUGCAAUGCAUACAUGUAGAACGUCGCAGUUCUAUUUCUAUAGCAAUUGUUGUAUGGAAUGACUGGGCUCUUGUUAUUUUACAAUUAUGGUAUUUUUACUCAACAUAUAGAUGAUUCAUUUACAUUUUUGCUCAACAUUUCUUGCCUUCUCCGUAGGCGAAAGCAGGACUGCUGUUUGUGAAUUUGAGAGGUCUCCUUAGUAACGGGGUGUUUGCAGAGGAAACCUUGUGGUAGAAUACAAGGAAACCUUGUAUACCCACUCACACACAGAGUGUGAGCCAGUCCUGCACUGAGGCAGGCUUUUCGACAGGCCCUCACAGACCCUCUUUUAAACAGACAGAAAUGGAGAAUACAGUCUGGUGGCCUGCAGUCAGCAGAGAGAAGCAGCUUGAUGGUGAAACAGCUGGUCGAGGUGUUUGCAGUUAGAGGGAUCACAUCAGCAGGACAAUACAUGUACCAGCUGGGUGAACCUGCCUUGUUGGGGGUUUAGGGCGCGUGGCUGGAGGCAGCAAGGGGUUGCACUUUCCUGGAGCAAGGAAAAGGAUGCUUCAGUUCGUCCUGCUGAAAGUAUUGAACACAUUGCCAGCCGACCAUCAAAAAGCACAGCAGACCUCAAGGGAGUUGGAACCACAUUCAUUAGCUGUGGGUUUUUCUUAUCUGAUAGAAUAAAACAUCUGCUUCCCAUAUUGUGCUUUUAAUCAUUGAUUAAUAAAGGUAUUGUAAUCAAUUACUUUCAUCCUCUUUGGUAAUGGCAGUUGUGCGCCCUGGAAGACCUAAAGUUAUUGAGGCAGCCAUGUGUUUCUGUAGCAUCCUAUAACUUGUGCUGCAGCACACUUCAGGAAAAGGGCUUGUAGUUGUUAAUGUAGCACACAAUAAUGUGGGUAAACAAAUUCUUUAUGCCUGGGUUAGGUAUUUCCCUAUUAUUCUGUUGUAUAUUUAGCAUCUGUUAAGAAAUGUUAUGAAAAUAGUUUAAUUGCACACAUUUGCAAUUCCCUUUCCAUUGAAGUUGGGCAUGCAAAUUCAGGCAGGUCUUGUCAAUAGAAGCAGGAUACUCUUGUGCUUUGUGUGGGUCGUAUUUACUCUGGCUUCAGGCUACCUUGAUCUGGCAGCUGCUGCAGUCAUCCCAUUAUUCCUAUUCCAUAAUUUCUAAAGGCUCUUACUUUACAGUCAUGUACUGUAUUUAUCUAUUAUAUUCUAUGAGAUACAUUAAUCCUGCUUGUCUAGAUCAGGAGCUCCCAAUCCUCUCCUUUAGGACCAUUCACCCGCUGGUUUGAUUCCCUGCCCAGCCCUCAGUUGCACACAGUGGACUUGCUAACAGGAGUGAUUUCAACUGUUCGGCCGUUUUUAGCUCUUUAACAUGUUGGAAGUUGCUUAUGAACAAAUCCAUCUCAUAAGCAGAAACAAAAUCCCAAACAGGUGAGCAAAAAAAGCUGCCAAUAUUCCAAUCAACCAACUCGUUAGUUCUCAUCGAACUGGCAGGUUGCUUGAUUAAGGCUUCAGUGAGCCAAUCAAGCUCAGCUGUGAUGAAAACCAGCAUGGGUGUGCUCCUCUAGGAGCAGGAUUGGGAAUCCCUGUCUAAGAGGGUUGCAGUAAACUCUGUACGACUGUCAAAGGUCUUGCAACCUGGCCCGUUUCAAGAGCCUUUGAGCUGGAGGCUGGUUUUGUGCUUUGUCUUCAGCCUCCCUUCUUGAGCAGUCUGUUGGGUGGAUCCAUGACCUGCUCAGGCUGUGAACACCACUGCUGUCCCAGCACAUUUAACCCGGUGCUGCAGGAACAGUUUCUGCAGUCGUCUUCUUUGGCUGUUUCACCCCUGUUCUGGGCCAUUCUGACCUCGUCUGGAAUUGUCGAUUCUGGCUAUUUCCAUAUUGGUUUUUUUUCUGUCUAAAAUUUCUCAAACAUUUUUGUUAUCCAAUAUGUGUAUUUUAUUUUUACAAAGCAGCGGGCUUAGACAGUAAAAUCACAAAUGCAAAGAGCCGUUCUCCUUACGUGAAGAGACGUUUUGACAGGUGUCUUUUCCUGAGUCGCUUGCUGUGGUGUGAAGACGAGAGAGUCCUGAGCAACAGUCAUUGCACUGUCUGCACACGAGCCACUCUCCUCUUCCCAGUUAUCCUUGUCACUAAAAGGUACCGUGAUUCGUGAGCUCCACACAUUAUCCGAUAAUGUUCCGGCUUUAAAAAUUGUUACAAUUGAUCCAGAUGGUUUUAAAAUUCCAGAUAAGUAAGUAAAUUGAGAAGAUUUUAAGAUGUCAGUUUGAUAUGUCCAGGCCCAUUUCAUUGAAGCUCAGCUCCUUUUAUCUGGAAGUUAAAACAAUUGGCAAGCACAACAAACAAAAGCUAACCUAUUCAAAUAUUUCUCUUUAUUAAUUUAAUCUAGGCCGCAGUAAAUGCCAUCACAAAAUACCGCAUUGCUUUUUAUUAAAAACUAAUAAAAUACAAGAAACAAAUACCACAUUUCAACCAAUGCAAAUAGUUUUAAUAAUGUUAAAUAUAUUUCAUUUUGAGUAUUAGUCUAUGGUAAUACAGUGUACUCUUCAGAAUUAAAUACAGAGUUGGCAACACAAUAUUCUGUUAUAGAGCAUUAGUAAGUGUCAAUACAUUGUACUUUUCAGAACUGAAUACAGGGGGGUAACAGUAUUUCAUGUUGAGUUUUUUUCAAUGGUAAUACAUUGUAUUCUACUGAAUUAAAUGCAGGGUGGGUAAUGUGGAGUAUUAAGCAAAAGUAAUAAAAUGUACCUUUCAGAAUUAAAUUCAGGGAGGGUAACAAAAUUCCAUAUAGAGUAUUAGUCUAUGGUAAUACAGGAACAAGUAAUAGGUUUAUUCCAUGCUGAAAAAAAGAAGAAAGAAAACACAACGUUU